GAGGCGGAGAAACCCAGGGUAGCAGGACAAGGGGAAGGGGAGGGUGCCCGGGAACCUGGGGCCCUUGGAUGGAGAGGGGGGAUGAAGCAGGCCAGGUUUGAACACACAGGGAAAGGGGGAGGACGGCACUGAGGAGGGGCGCCUGGGAGGAGAAGUGAGGCCGAAGGCGAAAAGGAGAGUGUGUGUUUGGGGGAAGGGAACCCAGAGCAGGUAUGGAGGCCGCAGCUCAGAAGGUAGCUAUGGGGCCAGACUGGAGACCCCCGGGUGGGAUUGAGGGGCGGGGACUGGAAGAGGAAAGCCGGGGGCCUCCCAAAUCCUGGAGGAGGAAGAAGGUGAUUUGGGCCAUCAGCAAGGGAGGGAGAGGCAGAGACCACUGCUGAGGGGCCAGGGAGCAGGAAUCCUGGUGGACGGAGGCCCAGGCCCAGGGAGGCACUGGAAAGAGGCCACAGGGAGUGGAGAUGGAUGGACGGGUGGUGUUUCAGAUGCCCCACUCAGACAGCCCCCACCCUUCCUUCAGCAUCCCCACCCUGCUCUCAUGACGCCCCCCCAAAACCUCAGGGCCCAAAGGGGUGGAGAGUCCGACCAUCUCCCCUUCCCCAGUGGGGUGCAAUGUACGCAAGUAGGCCCCGGGCAUAACUCCUUGUCUGUAGGUGUGUCCGGUUCCGUGUAGCAGAUUUGUGUGUGUCUGGAGGUCUGUGUGUGUCUGUGGGUGUGUCUGUGGGUGUUUAUGUCUGUGUGUGCCUGCCUAUUCCUAGGUUUCUGUUUACCUAUGCCAAUCUAUGCGUCUGGUCCUCUGUCUGUAGAUCGGGGUCUGUGGCUCCAUGGUCUGUGUGUCUGAAUGUGUGUUUGUGUGGCUGAGGGGUUGCUGUCCGUUUGUGGGGCCUGUCUGUGUGGUGGAUCAGGAUGUAUUUACACAAGAAGGAAUCUGUGUCGACCUGAUCUCUCCAGAGUGUGUAUUUGUGGCUCUGAACACCUUUGUCAGGGUCUGUGGUUGUCUGUACACGUGCAGGUCUAUGUCUGUCUGUCUGUGGGUUCUCGAGGCUGUAUUGGGUUUUCUGUGUCUCUCUGUAUUUUCUUCUCUGAGGACCCGAGUCACGUCUCUGCUCCUUUUUCUCUCUUUCAUUCAUUCCUGGCCCCCACCCAUCCCACAUCUUUCUUUUUCACCUUCCUACCCAUUCCCCACCAAGUGGAUCCGGGACCCAGGGAGGGCCACCCCCCGGGCCUGGUGGCGCUGAGCAGGGCCCCCCAGCCCCCACCUCCUGCCCCACGACAUGAACCUCCUGUACCGAAAAACCAAGCUGGAGUGGAGGCAGCACAAGGAAGAGGAGGCCAAGCGGAGCUCCAGUAAGGAGGUGGCCCCUGCAGGCCCGGCAGGGCCCGGGGCUGGCCCGGGGCCCGGGGUCCGAGUGCGGGACAUCGCUUCGCUGCGCCGCUCCCUCAGGAUGGGCUUCAUGACGAUGCCCGCCUCCCAGGAGCACACCCCCCACCCCUGCCGCAGCGCCAUGGCCCCACGCUCCCUCUCCUGCCACUCGGUGGGCAGCAUGGACAGUGUGGGAGGUGGCCCUGGGGGGGGGAGUGGGGGUCUCACAGAGGACAGCAGCACCCGAAGACCCCCCGCCAAGCCCCGGAGACACCCCAGCACCAAGCUCAGCAUGGUGGGGUCGGGGGCAGAGACACCCCCUAGCAAAAAAGCAGGCUCACAGAAGCCAACCCCAGAGGGCCGAGAGUCCAGCCGGAAGGUUCCUCCGCAGAAGCCCAGGCGAAGCCCCAACACCCAGCUCUCUGUCUCCUUUGAUGAGUCCUGCCCCCCAGCCCCCUCUCCUCGAGGGGGGAACCUGCCCCUGCAGCGCCUCAGUAGGGGGUCCCGAGUAACUGGGGACCCUGAUGUGGGUGCCCAGGAGGAAGAGCCCGUGUACAUUGAGAUGGUGGGGGACGUCUUCAGGGGGGGAGGAGGAAGUGGAGGGGGCCUGACUGGGCCCCCUCUCGGGGGUGGGGGCCCGACCCCUCCAGCUGGUACUGACUCGGACUCCGAAGAGGGGGAGGCCAUAUAUGAGGAGAUGAAGUACCCGCUGCCCGAAGAGGCAGGGGAAGGCCGGGCCAACGGGCCACCUCCCUUGAUGGCAACCUCCCCGCCUCACCAGCCUCACGCCCUUCAGCCCCACACCCACCGUCGUCCAGCUUCAGCCCUCCCAAGCAGGAGGGACGGGACGCCCACCAAGACCACCCCUUGUGAAAUCCCCCCGCCCUUCCCCAAUCUCCUGCAGCACCGUCCUCCACUCCUGGCCUUCCCCCAAGCCAAGUCUGCUUCUCGAACCCCUGGCGAUGGGGUCUCAAGGCUACCGGUCCUCUGCCACUCCAAGGAGCCAGCGAGCUCCACCCCAGCUCCCCAAGUGCCUGCACGGGAGCGGGAGACGCCUCCCCCACUGCCUCCGCCUCCUGCUGCCAACCUGCUGCUGCUGGGACCAUCGGGCCGGGCCCGGAGCCACUCCACACCGUUGCCACCCCAGGGCUCUGGCCAGCCCCGGGGGGAGCGGGAGCUCCCUAACUCCCACAGCAUGAUCUGCCCCAAGGCAGCAGGGGCGCCGGCAGCCCCCCCUGCCCCGGCCGCCUUGCUCCCCGGCCCCCCCAAGGACAAGGCCGUGUCUUACACCAUGGUGUACUCGGCAGUCAAGGUGACCACGCACUCCGUCCUGCCAGCUGGUCCACCCCUGGGUGCUGGGGAGCCAAAGACGGAGAAGGAGAUCUCAGUCCUCCACGGGAUGCUGUGCACCAGCUCGAGGCCCCCUGUGCCAGGGAAGUCCAGCCCCCACAGCGGGGCCAUGGGCGCAGCAGCUGGGGUCCUCCACCACCGCGGCUGCCUGGCCUCCCCUCACAGCCUUCCGGACCCAACUGCAGGCCCCCUUGCCCCCCUCUGGACCUACCCAGCAGCAGCAGCUGGGCUGAAGAGACCCCCUGCCUAUGAGAGCCUCAAGGCUGGGGGGGUGCUGAAUAAGGGCUGUGGAGUGGGGGCCCCAUCCCCCAUGGUCAAGAUCCAGCUACAGGAGCAAGGGACCGAUGGGGGUGCCUUUGCCAGCAUCUCUUGCGCCCACGUCAUCGCCAGUGCAGGGACACCAGAGGAGGAAGAAGAGGAGAUGGGCGCCACGACAUUUGGGGCAGGCUGGGCUCUGCAGAGGAAAGUCCUGUAUGGAGGGAGGAAGGCAAAGGACCUGGACAAGGUCGAGGAUGGCGCCCGGGCCUGGAAUGGCAGUGCUGAGGGUCCAGGCAAGGUGGAGCGUGAGGACAGGGGCCCUAUGACAUCAGGGAUCCCAGUGAGGAGCCAGGGGGCAGAGGGCCUGCUGGCCAGGAUCCACCAUGGAGGAGAACGAGGAGGGAGCCGCACGGCGCUGCCUAUACCCUGCCAGACCUUCCCCGCCUGCCACCGCAAUGGAGACUUCACGGGAGGCUACCGCCUGGGGCGCUCGGCCUCCACCUCGGGAGUCCGGCAGGCCGCGCUCCACACCCCCCGGCCCUGCAGCCAGCCCAGGGAUGCCCCCAGCCAGACCCACCCCGCGCUGCCGCUGCCGCUGCCCCUGCCGCCCCAGCCGGCCCGCGAGCGCGACGGCAAGCUGCUGGAGGUGAUCGAGCGCAAGCGCUGCGUGUGCAAGGAGAUCAAGGCGCGCCACCGCCCCGACCGAGGCCUCUGCAAGCAGGAGAGCAUGCCCAUCCUCCCCAGCUGGCGGCGGGGGCCCGAGCCCCGCAAGUCCGGCACCCCGCCCUGCCGCCGGCAGCACACCGUCCUCUGGGACACUGCCAUCUGAGGAGGGCGGAGAGGCCGGGGCACCUGGACUGGGGAGCGGGGCGGGCACGCCCGGCUCUCCCGGGAGAUUUGCCUUGAGAGACACUGAAGGAUCAGGUGAGAGAGAGCCAGGGAGAACCCCUGCCCUCCACCCCAGCCCCCGGAGAUGGGGAGUCUGCCAGGCCCGUCUGGCUUGGGGUGCCAACAGCACCACCGAGAGAUUUGGGGGAGGAGGAAGGGUUUGCUUGAAGUCGGGGUGAGAGCCUGCGGCUGUUCUCCCCAUUGAGUGUGGUAGACCUCUCCUCCUGAGAGGGCAAAGGUCAGCAUGGGGGGGUGGAAGGAAGGGCUCGGGAGGAAGGAUGGGGGGUGGGUCGAAUGAAAGAGAGGGCCUAGAGAGUGAGGUAGAGGAGCUCUUUUGUAGAGUCGGGAGUCGUUGGGGAGGGGUAUUUAUUUUGUUAUUUAUUUUAGUCUGGAGGGCAAUUCUGGGCCCUUCUGACCCACUCCUGAGCAGGGAGUGGAGAAUCAAGGCCAAGUUUGCACUCUCCCCGACGCCAAUGCCUAACGGCCCGCCCCCCACGCCCCCCCACAGCCAGGGAGGGGUGGGCACGGGGAGUGGACUGAGAGAAGGGAGGGGCCCAGGUGAGCGGAGGGCCGGAGACCAUUUCCAGUAUUUACAAUUUGCCAGAAUUUGGUAGUCAGCGUGGCCUGCUCUGAAACAGGCAUCUUAUUUAGUUCUGGGGUGAGGGUCUAGCGCCAGGGAUGGGCGGGAUCAGGGGGAAGGGGGGAAAUUUUAGCGGGUGGGGGGUGGGCAGGGUAUUUAUUUAAAUUAAAAACAAAAACAAAACAGAAGAGAUGUCAGGAACUUUUUUUUAAUUCCUUUCUUUUCAGAAUAAUAUAUUAAAAGACUAAUGAUCCUA